AUGGAAGAAACUUAUAUUAAAGACAAGGAGUCCAUAGGAGUUGAAUUACUUCAUUAUAUUAAUUCUUUGAUAGAGCCUUUAGCUGAUGAGUCUAUUGAUAUUGUUAAAGUAAAUGAAUGUAAUGCUCAAAAUGAAUUAAAUUUUGAAGGAAGGAAGAGUAUAACUAAAGCAGAAAAAAAUAGUAAGCCAAACCAAACAUGGGUAGUUGGUGUUGACGCUAUUGAUGAUUUGAGGGAUAUAAUAAAGCUGAUAAAAAGAGAGAUUGAAGGAGGAGCAGAUUCUGAGAGAUAUGCAAUAACAAUGCUAUGUGAAUGGAAUGUAGUAAAUACAAAAUUAAUGCCACUAUGGAAUAUAUCAACUAACAAUAUUGAAAUACAAAGUUUGAUAAUUCAAGUUUUAUUUUGGUUAACAGUUGCUCCUGAUGAAAGUUGGAGAUCUUUUCAUUCAAAGUCAAUGAAAUGUAAGGCAUAUUUGAAGAAUAUGCAAAAAGUAAAGUUUUCAUUAUGCUCAAUUUCAUUUUGGAAAGAAAUUGUAAUAUUGUAUAGGAAGCUUAAGGAAGUUAUUCAAAACCAUGGUUUUUUGAAAGAAGACAAUGAAGACCUUAGGAAUAGAGAAGAACAGAUAGCCUUUUUGAAGGAUCAAGAUAAAGAACAGGGAGAAGAAGUCACCCAAAAAGGCCACGAGCAUGAAUCUAAGGAUUUGGUCGAUGAGCAGGACGAAACAGAUGAAAAUGAUCGGCAUAAAAUGCAAAGGUUAGAAAGGCUUGAGAUGAUCCGUAAUUUAAGAGAUGAAAUCAUUAUGAUUAAUGAAAAAGCUGAAAGGAGGCUUAAACAAUAUAAGAACAGAAUUGGGAUGAUUAAAGGGUUAUUGAUACAAACUUUAAAGAUUCAGGAUCAAGUAGUUACCGAGUCUUUAGCUAAUUUUGGAGUAAGGUCAGUACAUUUGCUCUUAGUUAGUAAUUUGGUUCAGAGUGGAAUACUUGAAAUUAUUCAAGAUGAUAGUGAAAGCUUAUUGAACGAUCUUAAAGGAGAAUAUGUUAUCGAUGAUUCUGAUGUUGUUGCUCCUUGGAGAAUAUUAGAGUAUAUUUAUGGUUUAAUAUGUAAUAUUCAACCCAUUGAUUUUGUUAAUGAACUUUUUGGGAUUAAGAGAAAUCUAACAGAAAAUGAAAUAUUAAAGAAUUCUUUGGUUGAAAAGAUGAAGUUAAUAAAAAAAAGUAGUUCAAGUGGUUUUACCUCCAACUCAUUGAUGAAUAGGCACUCAAGAUUUAACCCAGAAUUAGCCAGAAGAAGGAUCAAAGAAAACAAUGGCGGAACUACUGGCCAAGUAGUUAAUUCAAAACGUGUUUCUUCACAGAGGGUGAGUAAAUAUAGAUAUGAUUUUGAUAUAGAUGAAAUAUAUGAGUAUAUAGAUAUAUUUAUAGGAGCAAUGCAAUCGGCUGGAGGAACUCUUCAUUGUCUUGAGAUGUAUGGUUAUCCAACAAUAGAAGGAACAAUGGCAAAUUUUGAUGGUAAUAGAUCACAAAGUUAUGAUGAGACUGUGCAGAUAUUAGGGGAAUUUUUGGAGAAUUUUUUCAAGUUAAAGCUUCCUGCAUUAAUUGAAAAGAUAUUUAUUAUACUUAGAAGUGGUAGUGAAAAGCAUACAUUAUGGGAUAUUUCCAGAUUAAUCAGUUUAAUGACUUGGGUACUUGCUUAUAAAAGGACAGUUUUCUUUGAAGUUACAAAAAAUGAAAAAGAUAAACAGUUAAUCAAAGAAGAGUUAACUAGGUUGUUGAUGGAAACAAAAUACCUUUUGGACACAAAGGAAAAUAUGGCAAUCGAUUUCAUAUACUCUACGAUAAAGCUACAUGCUAGAGAGAGGCUAUUAAAGAAUAAAUCUCACAAAGUUGCUAGGAUAGCUAUUCGUUGUUUAAAUGAGCAAUUGAAAAUUAUACAUUUAGUAUCCAAUUCUGAAGAAGAAGCUAUCCGAGAUCUGGGCAUAUCUUUGAUUGCAUUUAUAAUUAGACUGGAUAUAAUGAAUUGUUUAUCUUGGAUAUUAAAGCACUACACAAAAACUUCUCAUCAUCCAGAAUUAUUCUUGUAUUCUAUUGAGGUAUCAAAUAGACUGAUCAAGUUAUUCAGUAAGCUUGGUGGGGAAACUUUAGUAAGUACUAGGAGGAGAAGAAGGGAUAAACCAACAGAUAUUAAAGAUUAUAAUGAUGAGGAAGAUUAUAACCUGGAUGAAAAUCUUUCUGGAUUUAAUGAAAACUACUAUACAGAAAAAACUAAGUUGAUGAGUUUAGAUGAGAUGAUGAGUGAUUAUUGUGAUGGAAGAGUGGUUUCAAAUUUAAUGCUUAUAGUUAAUAAUUACUCAACCAAUCAUUCAAAUAUUAAUUGGCACACUGCAAGGCUUGCUAGAAAAAUAAUUACAACUCGUCCUCAAGGUGAAGUAUCUAUUUUAAGAGAAGAUGGUCAACAAGAGCCUUUUAUGCAGUUAUUCUGUGGCUUAUUCUUUCAAUUAUCAUAUUUCAUAACUUUCACUCAGAUAUUGAGUGAUAAAAGUUUUCUCAAUUCUUCUAAAUCUGAUAAAGGAGCACAAGAUAUUGUCCUAUUGUCAAGACAUGUAAUACACCAAUUUUGGGAAAUAGCUAAAGUUAAUCAGUUUGUUUUUAUGGAGUUGUUAUUUUCAAAGAACUCUGCAAGGGGACUUGGACUAGCAGAUCCUGAAAGGCUCAAGUCCAUUUUUACUAAUUAUGAACAAGGGAUAGAUGCUGCUAUUGUUGAGAGAAUGGAAACAACAGGAAAUGAGGACGUAUUUGAAGCUAAAAGCUUUGUUAAGAAUAAAAUUAACAAAGAAAAACAAGCUGUAUCAAAUUGGAGCAAAGAAGAUGAUGAAGAAUUACUUGCACUAUAUACUCAGUUUGAAGAAAAUCCUAAAUGUAUUUCAAUUAUUGCAAGCUUAUUAACGGAUGUAAAAACUGAAAGAUCUGUUAAGAAAAGAUUACGUGAGUUAGGAAAGAUAUUAAUUCAAGAUGAUCUAAAAGACCAAGAUGAAGAGGAGAAUCGAACCCGGACAAUAAUUAAUGUUGAUUUGAUAUCUGGAAUUCUUGGACUUAGUAAUGCUUGCCCAGAAGAUAUUAUUGAGGAAGGACUCACCUUUGAUUCAAGUAUAGUAUUAAAGGAGUUACUUGAUUUAUUGCAAGAAUCUUUAUCAACAAAGGAAAUUUUUGGUGAUAAUCAAUUUGAGGAAAUCCCCAUAGAAAUUCCUUCAAGUUUACCAACUUCUUUAUUGGAUGAUCAAAAUUAUAAGUUGAUCAUGUCUUCUCUUGGAUUAAAGAAACCAGGAAAAGAUGAGAAUUUGUGGGUAGUUCCAAAAGAAUUAAGUAUAGAAGAGUAUAAUGGCACUAUUAAUUUGUUCAGGGAUUAUAUAGAAAAAGAUAUAUUUGAGUUAACAGAAAUGAUGAAUAGUAUCAGUAACUUUGUUUCAAAUAAUUGCCAGUCUGAGAUUAAAAAUAUAAAUUAUUCAAUUAAGAUUUUGAAGAAUACAAUACAGGAUUUUAUUGAAGAUUCUGAAUUAUCAGGAGAAAUUUCCCAUUUAAUUGAUCAACAAGUUCCUGUUGAAAAUGGUUUAUUACAUUUAAUUUCAAGUGAAUUAAAAGUAAUUAUAGAGAAAAACAAUCAUGCAAAUAAUUGGGAAAGAAUGGAAUUGGAUAAUAUAUGUUUGUGUUUAUCUCAACUAAGGCUAAAUAGUUUAGGUAUAAGAAAGCAAUUUGAGAAGAUUUACGAAUCAUUCACCAUGUCAAAAUUACUACAUUUGCUAGGUUUUAAAAAGUCAAGAAUUACUAAUGAUACUGACUUUUUGGUUCAUUUAGACAGAGGAAUAACAAAAGAUCAUCUUGAUUUAUCUGAAAGAGGAAAUAAUAACCAAGUUAGUUUAUUUGAUGAUGAAUUAGAUGAUCAUUUAAUUGGGAAUGAUUGUUUGAAUGACUCUUCUAUUAAAGUUUGGGUUCUUGAUUAUGAGAGGAUUACUCUUACUGAGUUUAAAGAGAGAAGUAAGUUAUUCAGAGAGUUGGUGAUUGAAAUGGCUGAUAUAAAGGCUAAUAUAAGUAAGGACUUGAAUAGGAAUAAUACUUUUUCAAAAAAGACUAUUUCAAAACUUUGUUUGGGGAUUUAUAAUUUCAGAAGAAAUACUCAAGAUUUGAAGAUUCCAAAUCGGAUUAUAGCUGUUUUGGAUAAAUAUUUAAUUCAACAGCAAGACCAGAAUGAUUAUGAUGAUGAUGACAAAUAUAUAGUUCAAAUAGAAAAAGAAGAUUUAAUUAAUGUUGAAGAGUAUAUUAAUCAGAUCAUGGAAUCUUUAAAAGGCCAAAAAGACAAUAAUUGCAAUUGGUCUAUUCGAAAUUGUAUUCUCUCUUACACUUAUGACAGAAUAAAGGAGCUUAGAGAGUUGUUAUUUAAGCUUAUUGGUUUGGAAAUGGCUGAAUUAAAAAUAUUUACAGAGAAAGUAAUAGGAAAGAAAAUUAAAGUUAAUAAAGAAAAUAUAAAAUCAAUGAAUCAAAGCAAUAAAAGAAGGAAAGUCAAAGUCUUUAUGGAUGAAAAGAAUGAAGAUGAGGUGGUGGACUCUGAUAGAAUUGAAUAUGAAAUUGAAGAUGAAAUUGAAGAUCAAGUUGAGGAUGGAAUUGAAGAUCAAAUUGAAAAUGAAGUUGAAGAUGGAAUCACUAAAUACAUAAUUGAUGAAAAUGACAAAAAGUGGAGAUAUGACUGGGAAAACCUUGAGAAGAAGAUGCUUAGUGUAGGAGAUGAGUGUUUAUUUAGUAAAGAAAAUGAAGAUUUUGGUAGGAUUGACAAGGUAUUAGAUGAAUUAUUUGGAGAAGAUGAAUAA